AUGUCACCGCGUGGGGAACAGCGUAUCAGGGCUUCCGAGCAAAAUCAGCUGGUUCUCCCUGUUAUUCGGCCCGCCGCAGCACUGUCGUCUGAUACCAUAGAUCCAGGGUUGCAAAUGCUUGGGGAGAAAUCAACAUAUGUCCAGCGCGAAAUCGAAUCGUUGGUUCGAACCUAUGACCAGUCACUGAAAGAAAGUAAGGUCUUUUUUGUCUGUGAAACCGACAAGCCAUCCUUGGUUAUCUCCAAUUCCGUCCAUUCAGUCCAGUAUGAUGGGACAGAAGCCGCAGGGAGGAAAGUCAAAGUUCUUGCUCCAUUUCCAACGUCGCAUCACGUUAUCGACUCCACUCUUAUCGACAAUGGCAUUACUCUCAGCAGGUUGAGCUGCCACCGAAUAUUGGAUUUUGAAGAGCUUCAAGAGAUACUUGUAUUUUUCCACGGUGCAGUAAAUGCAACUGCGCUUUCUACCGGGUGCAUCAUCGUCAAGUUUCCAAACAAAAGGGCAAUCCAAAAUUGUUGGGCAGCAAAGGUCGCUGAAAUGGUCGGACAGCAAAUUGAAACGUCUUCUGACACGCAUAACAUCGACGAUAUUAUCUACGAGUUUACUUCUUACGAUGAUGCUGGAAGUUUUGACAGGAGGAUCAACAGAGCUGUGCGAUUGCGCUUCACUGGAGAAGAAGGUAUUAUGGUUGUCGUUCCCCAAGAACUUAUUCAACCACCAGGUAAAUGGGAGGUUCUGAGACUCUUUCACAACUUUAUUUCUGGACUCCAAAACCUUAUUGAACUCCUGAGCAUAAGGGUGGUUCUCGCAGUCUUCUGUACCUCUGUCUCCACUGCCGUUCAAAACUGGUGGCCGGCAUGGCUCAUGCCUAAAACACCUACGACGCAUAAGAAUAGCUAG